GCACUUGUUCAGUGCUCGUCGUAUCGUUGGUCAGGGUUGACACAAUCAUCCGUCACCGGUGGUAGUUGGUUUGGUAGUCUAGAACGGUCUUAUACGCGCACGCUUGUACGAGUGUACGUCGCCGGUGUCGGUCGGUGUGUAUAUUAAUCGCUGGAACCGCCGUGGAUAUCGGUUCAGACACUGGGAGAGGUGCAGUAAUAGGAUUGGUAGCGUAGAGAAGGUCACCAUCGCAGCAUCGACCGGGGUACCGGGGCUCAUAGUUGGUGUUGAUGCGGUUCACCGACGCCGCCGCCGACGACGACGACGACGACAACUGACGACACCGACAGCUGCGACAUUGUGUUGCAUAAUCGAAAGUGAAACCCUACGACGACGAACGACGGAUCCGAACCAAGCGAGAGACUGAUAUCUAGCAGCGAUCCAGGAAUAUGACGAGUCACUAUGCUCCACCGGAAACGUAGUCCAUCCGAAGAGACUGCGCUGAAAACCAAAGUCCUGCUCGAGGAAUUCCAUGCGUAAUCGGUGAUAGAUAGAAUGGGAAGCUAGAUUUUAAGUUCAUAGUGGAUAGAACUGACAAGUGAUACCAGGCAAAAUCUCAGAGAAGCUGCUCCCUGUAAGAUUCAGUUAAGUCUAGCGAGUGUGAGAAUAACGCAACGUCUGUUAUCGAAUAACAAAAAAAAAUUAAAAUGCUGAACUCCAUCUCCAAGCAUCUGCUGCAUUGUGCGUUGCUCGUCACGUUGCUAGUCGUGUUCGAAGUAUUCUCCGGCGGUAUUAAAGUCAACGAGAACAGUUUCGUUUCGAUCGAUCCAUGGGAGGAAUAUGGCACAAUACCGACGCUCCUGCUCUACACACUGCGAUUGCUUACGUUCCUCACGCUGCCACAGGUAUUGUUCAACUUCUUCGGACUGGUGUUCUAUAAUGCCUUCCCGGAGAAGGUGGUGCUGAAAGGGUCACCACUGCUAGCACCCUUCAUCUGUAUUAGGGUAGUGACACGAGGUGACUACCCGGAUCUAGUCAAAUCUAAUGUUACGCGUAACAUGAAUACCUGUCUAGACACGGGCCUGGAGAAUUUCCUCAUCGAAGUUGUUACCGAUAAGGCCGUCAACAUGCCCAAACAUCGGCGAACGCGGGAAAUCGUUGUCCCGAAGGAUUACAAAACCAAAACCGGCGCAAUGUUUAAAUCGCGCGCCCUACAGUACUGCCUGGAAGACUCGGUGAACGUACUUAACAAUAACGAUUGGGUGGUACAUCUGGACGAGGAAACACUGCUGACGGAAAAUAGCGUGCGUGGAAUCAUUAAUUUUGUGCUGGAUGGGAAGCACCCGUUCGGGCAGGGAUUGAUUACGUAUGCGAACGAGAAUGUGGUUAAUUGGCUGACGACGUUGGCGGACAGUUUUCGUGUAUCGGAUGAUAUGGGAAAGCUGCGGUUGCAGUUUAAAAUGUUCCAUAAACCGUUCUUCAGCUGGAAGGGAAGCUACGUGGUUACUCAGGUGAGUGUCAAAUAUUUUGAAAUUGAAGGCACGGUUAGUCCAGCGUGUGUCUGUAGAGGUAGUCCAACGUUCGACCUCUGGGGUAAAAUAUUCUAGG